AUGUCGCAAAAAUCGUUGGAUGAGCUUGUGAGUGAAGCAGCGACAAAUCUACAAUACUCCCUGAGGAAUUUGCCAUACGAACAGCUGAAUGAUUUGAUCAAUAACAAGGCCAAACUGGAUCAACACUGCCAAAGCUCACCUGUUGUAGGUUUUCUUUUGUUUUUGAUGCUUUUGUUUUUAGAUGAAGUUGGUUUUGUGUUUAAAAUCUUUCAUACAUACCGUUGGAUGUUUUAAUUGCUAAAUAACAUCUUUUCCUAUCCAACUUUUGUUUUUUUAUUUGCUUUUCUCUUUUUUACCUAGUGUAAUAUCCAAAAUGCCUGUUUCUCCAAAAUUACCGAUUGAUAGAAGGCGAGGAUCGUUUUGAAAGCUUUUUUAUUUCUUGUUCUUUCUAUAAGUCUGUAUUUCAGCUGAAUGUAUUGAUAACCAAGCGAGAUGGACUAAAACGGGUGGCCAAGAGCUAUGCUGAGCAUAAUUUGGAUCAUGAACAACGAUUUUAUUCGACAAAGAACACCCUGAGAGAAACACAGAUUCAAACAAAGCGGCUAAAAGCUGAAUGUGAGCGGUUGAAGGCUGAACUUGAACAAAUUGGAGAGAACCGACGGAUAGAUAAAGUAGCCAAUCUUUUGAGGGCAAGUGUAAGGAAAACUGAAGAUGAAAGUGAGGUAAGUAGCUUUUAUUUUUGUGUCUUGGCUUUUAGGUUGAAAGAGCGUUCUUUAACAAACCUUUUAACGAGGUUUUGAUUCAUUUUUCGAUGAUUCAUCGAGAUCGUCAAGUAUAAUAUUGUGACGUUUUUAUUUGAAUACUUCUUGGAGGAAAUUAGGUUCAGAGUGAAGUAUUCGGAUUCAUAUCUCCAUUUUCAGGCCUUAAUGGAACAAUUUCUGGAUGGGAAGUCGAAUCUAGACCAAUUUGUUGAAGAGUAUCAGAAAAAACGACAACUUUUCCACGAAAAAGAGUUCAAAUCGAGGAAAUUGGAUGAAAUUUUGCAAAUGCAGAGGAUAUGA